AUGGAAGUUGCUCCUCGACCCCCUCGUCUCCCGUCACUUCCGCGGCCGAGCGCGGCGCCCGCAGUGUACGCCCAGAUGCGCACGGCGCUCCGAAGCUCCGCGCGCCGCUGCCUUGCACUUGAUCUCCCACCGGCUGCGCCAGCGCCGACGCUGCGGGGCCCAGGCAACGCCCAGCCUCGCUCGGCAGGUGUGGGCGCCCGAGGGGGCUCAGGUCUGGCCCGGGGACGCAGGGGGGAGUGCGCGGCGGGCGCAACGGGACCGCGGGCACCUGCGUGCUCCGUGGGACCCGCAGCGGCCUCGCCGGGGAGCCCGAGCGACCGGGGACCCCCCGGGCCCGCGGAGUGGCUGGCCGGGACGGCAGAGGGCGAGUAUGAGCUGGUGUCUCCCUAUGAGGUUGACCGUCACGGAUACUACGUGUCGCACGAAGUCACGCACCCUCAGAGGAGGAAGAGGGCGCUGGCCCAGCUCGGGGUGGAGUCUCUUCACCUUCGGCUGAAGGGCUUCAGGCACGACUUCCACAUGGAGCUGAAAGCGUCCAGCACCCUGCUCGCCCCUGGGUUCGUGGUGCAGACUCUGGGGAAGGGAGGCACCAAGUCCGUGCACACCUUUCCGCCCGAGGAUUUCUGUUUUUACCAAGGCUCCUUACGAUCCCACAAAAAUUCCUCGGUGGCUCUUUCAACCUGCAAAGGUUUGUCAGGCAUGAUCAGAACCCAAGAAGCCGAUUACUUCCUGAAGCCGCUUCCCUCCCAGCUGGCGGGGACACUCGGGGACGCCGCCGGGGCUGGGCCCCCAUCCCACAUACUGUACAAGAGGUCCGCGGACCAGCGGGCUCCGGGGGCUCCCCAGGCGGUCAUGACCCCGAGGGACCGGGAGCUGGGGACUCCGCACCUUCACGGCGGCUCGACCCUCCGGCACCCACAGAAGCAGCAUUUCUGUGGCAGACGCAAGAAAUACAUGCCCCAGCCUCCUGAGGAAGACCUUUUCGUCCUGCCUGAUGAGUAUGCGUCUUGCUCAAGACCCAAGCGCUCUCUUCUCAAGUCCCAUCGGAAUGAGGAGCUGAACGUGGAGACGCUGGUGGUGGUCGACAGGAAGAUGAUACGGACCCACGGCCACGAGAACAUCACCACCUACGUGCUGACGAUACUCAACAUGGUGUCUGCUUUGUUCAAAGAUGGAACGAUAGGAGGAAACAUCAACAUUGCAAUUGUAGGUCUGAUUCUCCUAGAAGAAGACCAGCCUGGGCUUGUGAUAAGCCACCACGCGGACCGCACCUUAAAUAGCUUCUGCCAGUGGCAGUCUGGCUUGAUGGGCAAAGACGGGACACGGCAUGACCACGCCAUCUUGCUGACCGGCCUGGACAUAUGUUCCUGGAAGAACGAGCCCUGUGACACCCUGGGGUUUGCGCCCAUCAGUGGAAUGUGUAGUAAGUACCGGAGCUGCACCAUUAAUGAAGAUACGGGUCUCGGACUGGCCUUCACCAUCGCCCACGAGUCUGGACACAAGCCAGGGACCACCGGCACCCCAGCUCACAGCCUCCGGCGGUUUGCCAUGGCACAUAGCAGCGAUUUCUACCAGCGACAUCAGCACUCAUGCAAACUCUACUGUGUCGCAGAAGGAUUUGAUUUCUUCUUUUCUUUGUCAAAUAAAGUCAAAGACGGGACGCCCUGCUCGGAGGACAGCCGUAAUGUGUGUGUAGAUGGGACAUGUGAGAGAGUGGGAUGUGACAACGUGCUUGGAUCGGACGCUGUGGAGGACUCCUGUGGUGUGUGCAGGGGGAACAACUCAGACUGCACGACACACAAGGGGCUCUACGCCAAGCACCACGGUGCCAACCAGUAUUAUCAGAUGGUCACCAUUCCUGCUGGAGCCCGGAGCGUUCACAUCCGUGAAAUGAACGUGUCGACUUCCUACAUCUCUGUGCGCAACGCCCUCAGAAAGUACUACCUGAACGGACACUGGACGGUGGACUGGCCCGGCCGAUACAAGUUUGCAGGCGCCACGUUUGACUACAGACGCUCCUCCGAUGAGCCGGAGAGUUUGACCUCCUCUGGUCCAACCAACGAGACGCUGGUGGUGGAGCUUCUGUUUCAGGGCAGGAACCCGGGCAUGGCCUGGGAGUACUCGGUGCCCCAGCAGCAGGAUGAGAAGAAGCCCAGUGGCCAGCCUCGGUACUCGUGGGCCGUCAUCCGCUCCGAGUGCUCCGUCUCCUGCGGAGGGGGACACAUGACCACCCGGGAAGGCUGCUACAGAGACCUGAGGCUGCAGGUGAAUGCGUCCUUCUGCAAUCCCAGCACCCGGCCUGUCACCGGGGUGGUGGCCUGCCACGUGUCUGCCUGUCCCCCCAGCUGGUCCGUGGGGAACUGGAACCCGUGCAGUCGCACGUGUGGUGGGGGCACCCAGAGCCGCCUGGUCCAGUGCACACGCCGGGCACACUUCGUGGCGGAGCGCGUGCCGGCCAGCCUGUGUCCGCAGCCCAUGCCAUCCAGCCGACAGGCCUGCCAGUCUCAGAGCUGCCCGCCCGCUUGGAGCACGGGGCCGUGGACGGAGUGCUCCCGAACCUGCGGGAAGGGGUGGAGGAAGAGGUCCGUGGCCUGCAAGAGCACCAGCCCCGCGGCCAGGCCCCAGCUGCUGCCGGACGCCGUCUGCAGCUCCGAGCCCAAGCCCAGGACUCACGGGGCCUGUCUGCUUAAGCGCUGCUACAAGCUCAAGAAACUGCAGUGGCUGCUGUCCGCAUGGUCCCAGUGCUCUGCUACGUGUGAAAGAGGAACACAGAGAAGAUUCUUGAAGUGUGCUGAGAAGCACAUUUCUGGGAAGUACCGAGAGCUGGCCUCAAAGAAAUGCCUGCACCUGCCGCAGCCCAGCGUGGACCUGGAGCGUGUGUGCGCCCCGUUUCCCUGCCCCAGGCACCCUCUGCACGCAGUCGCAGGCCCGCCACGGCCGGGCUGGUUCGCCUCGCCCUGGUCUCAGUGCACGGCCAGCUGUGGGGGGGGCGUGCAGACGAGGACCGUGCAGUGCCUGGCGGGCAGCCGGCCGGCCCCAGGCUGCUCCGUUCACCAGAAGCCCGCAGCCUCCCUGGCCUGCAACACCCACUUCUGCCCCAUCGCAGAGAAGAAAGCCGGCACCUGCAGAGACCACUUCCCGUGGUGCCCCCUGGCGCCCCGGCAGGGGCUGUGCAGCCACCAGUUCUACAGCGAGCAGUGCUGCAAGACCUGCUCGGCGUCCAACCUGUGAGGCCCCGGGGGUAGGGGGGCCUUCCAGGAGAGAAGCGGCCUUGCUGCGUCCUCAGCCGGCCUUCAGCCCACGUCCGCUGCGCCCUGUGCGCUGUGCGUCAGGGCGCGGCCAGAGCAGACUGAAGCUGGAAGAAGAACCGUGUUCGGCCGCCUGUCGGGACAGAGCGAGUGUGCGCCCCAGCGUGUGUGCGCAGAUCAGGGGUCUGAACGCACGCCUGGGCGCAUGUGCACACACGUGUCCAGUUGAAGCAUGGAGACAGGCAGGAGGCCAGCGUUGCAGACUCACAGUGACGCUCACUUCCCCGUGGUGCUCCCGCUGAAUCAAGUCAGAGAGACAGGAGCUGAACUCGGUAAACACUGAAAGUGUGGUGCUUCGGAAAAAGAUGGAAAGGCCGUGAAAUUAGGAAUAAGUAAAGAAAUUCUGCCACUAAGUAUGCCAGCCCCUUCCCGAGGUCUGGAGCGACCGGUCUCUCUCUGGAGAAGCAGCCAGUGGGGACAGCAGCGUCCCCAGAGCCUCCCCCGCCUGCCCCAGCAGUGAGCUGCUCUAUGCUGGGACCUGCUGCUGGGACAAGAGCUGGGUGUCGUCUCUGCGGGACGCCAGCCCUGCCGGGAGAGGCUGGGCUCCCGACUCUGGUCCCCAUCACGUGCCCCUGGAAACCGGAGACAUGAAAUCGUGCUAAGGUGCUUCCGACCCUUUCCGACUCCUGAGCUGGGGGAGAGGACUCCUGUAUCCUCUGUUCUGCCCUGCCCAGGUGUUUCUAGGUGUUUCCAUUCAACCCGUUCCUUCCCACAUUUCUCUUCUAAAUGACACAAUUAAUUAGGUCCUCCCCAAGUUCCUGGGCGACCCAUUACCCCAAAACCCUGCCGUCCUGAUGAGUUGUGAUGGGUCCUGGCCGGACAGAUGUCAGCUGAUGUGCGAACCUCAGAACCCAGGUUUCGUUUUCGUGUGUCGUGCUGUUUUUAAAUUUGUUUCCAUGAAUUGUAGUUUUGCAAACCGGUUGAGAAAGAAGGCUCGUAUUUCCAGAAAAAGGUGCGCAGCAGGUCUCCGACACUGGCCCGCUGCUGGCGCUCUUUUCCGUUCUCUUGUCCUCCGCCGCCGCUCCGUUUGGAAUGGGCACCGAGAUAUUUAUAUUUGCUGAAGUUUUAUAAUAAAUUUUAUAUUGUACCACUUG